CAUCCAACUGCUGGCGGCUGCACAGUCUCUGGAAGCACUUUCAGGAAAAACAGACCAAACGAGAGCCCUGAAGAUGUGGAAAAGGGAAAAAAUGUGGAUGAUUAAGCCACCUACUGAGCACCCAAAGGAGUCCAAAUACAGGCCUGUGCUGGAGAGUUUACUCCCUCGUGACCCUAUGAGCCGGCUCAAUCUGAGGAGAGGGUCCCCUAAAGAUGAGUUUCCAAACCUGGAAAGAAACCACACUCUGAUGGGUCGAAUCCUCACCCUUCACCUGUACACACGACAGUUCAACCGCGCCACUGAGGGCGGGGUCAUCUUUGACGAUGUCAUACGCCCUGGACUCGAGGAUCCAGGACAGUCCACAGGAACUAAAUCAGUGGGAUGUUUAGCUGGCGAUGCCCAGUCAUAUAUCCUGUUCUGUGACUUUUUCGACCGCAUUAUUGAGUCUUACCAUGGCUAUAAGGUCACCAGCGAUUCUGUGCAAGAGAGCGACUUCAACUACGACAACCUGAAGGGAGGUGAUGACUUUGAUCCAGCGUAUGUUUCGGGUUGUGAGGUGACUGUGAGCCGCAGUGUGGAGGAUUUCAGCUUUCCCACUCACUGCAGCAGAGGAGAGCGCAGACGGCUCCUCACACUGGCCAACACAGCUUUAGAGCAACUUGGCGAGGAUCUGCCAGGAAAGCUUUACUCCAUCGAUGAGCUCAGCCACGAGAGUGAAGACCGCAAGGUGGUGAUGGAGUUUCCUCCACCUUCUCUGAUCAAGAUCGGUGUGGCUCGUGAUUGGCCUGACGCCAGGGCUCUGUGGUUGAGUAAAGAUGGGUCGCUGGCUGUUUGGGUGAACAUGGAGGACCAUCUGAAACUGGUGUCUUACAGAAGUGAUGCUUGCUUACAAGAGGCAUUUAAAAGCAUCUGCAUCAAUGUGCAAAAGUUGGAGACACUAUAUAAGAAACUAAGGCAUACGUUUAUCUGGAAGACUCACUUGGGCUGGGUGGUCAGCUCACCUGCAGAGGUGGGCACAGGCUUGAAGGCAAGCGUCACCGUAAACCUGCUACAUCUUGCCGAAAACAAACGCCUGGAUGACAUCCUGGACAGACUACGACUUCAGAUGGAAGCAACAAGCUAUCCUGGCGUCUACAAAAUCAGCAACCUGCAGACUAUAGGUGUCAAUGAAGUUGGACUGACCCAGCUAGUGGUGGACGGAGUCAAACUCCUCAUCCGAAUGGAGAAAAGACUGGAAAACAAUGGAGGCAUCGAUGACUUGGUUCCUGCUCAGAAAUGAAGCAGCCGUCAGCAGGAUUUUGGUUUGAUGAGAGCUGAAGUGCCAAAUGCUCAGGAUGCAAGACUUCUCAUUAGGCCUGUCACGAUAUCUAGUUUUUUGUUGUAGGAUAUAUCGCACCACAAUAUAUUGCGAUAAACAAUUAAAGAUCUUAUGCAACUCUAUAUAAUGUCAGAAAGACAAUAUAAUAUAAUCAUAAUGCAAGCACACUCUUCCAAAGAGCACAUCAUAUUUAAUACUUAUGAAUACUUCAGUUAAUUAUAGUCAUUUUAACAGUUUAAUAAUCAGGCACUGGAGUCAGAAUGUGAAUGCACAUAUCCUAAAUGAAUCAUACUAAUACAUGUUGCAAGGUAAAGAGUAACAGAGGCUGUGAUAUCUGCUGCCGAAUCUAUUUUCAGCCGUCAGACACCCACAUGAAAAUAUACUAUAGUAAUUCAUAGUAAAUACUACAGUGUGUUUUUAACCAUACCGACACUGACACCGCUAAUAGAGAUAGAGAUGUUGUACAAUCAGCUCAAACGUUGCUAGAAUUGGUUUUUAUGUGUGGAAGAUAUAUACUGCAUCACCAAAACUUAUUGAGCUCAUGUCUGUUGUGCGAUAAGUCCACACAUUGAUUAUUGUGACAGGCCUACUUUUCAUCAAUUAUGAUGAGGAAGGAACCUUUUGCUUUGUUCGUAAAUGUUUUUUGAGGCUUAUGUCAGUUUGAAAAGGUUAACGAAACCAAAAAUGUGCAGGUAAUAUUAAGAAAUUAGGAAAAUUAAGCUUAUUUAAUGACUUUUCCUCCCCUCAUUAACCCCUUACAAACAGGUUUUCAUGAAAAAGUUGCAAUACACUGCAAACAUUUUUUUUCUUAGACUUUUUGUCUUGUUUCUAGUCCAAAUAUCUAAAACUUCUUAAAUCAAGAAGCAUUUUCUAGACGAGCAUAAAAUAUUGUCUUGUUUUCAGAAAUAAUGAGACAAAAUUAAAGUGAGUUUUUCCUUAAAAUGAGUUAAAUAAUCCGCUAACGGGGUAAGAAAAAUAAUCUAGCGUUAAAAUGAAACACAAGAACUCUUUGCUUGUUUUAAGGAAAAAACUCACUUAAUUUGGACAGCAUUGUGUACUCUAGAAAAUGCUUCCUAAUUUUUUGAAUUAAUAGAUAUUUGAAUAGAUAUAAGUAAAAAAAAAAGUGUAUUUUUGCAGUGUAAAGAAUGAUAAAAGUGUUUGAACAGGAUUCAUUUUACUUCACAUUCAACUGACUUUCAGUUUUGGAUUGAAAUAUGCUUUAAAACCUCUUUUAUAUCAUUUCACCUGAAACGCGUUUGACAUUUGACACAAUAAGAGUUUAUAGAUUAAUUAAACAGUCAGGAAUACUUAAUAUAUUGUAAGACUUCAGUGUUCUAAAUACUCUUAAGAGUUUUUUUCUUUUUUCCUAAAUAAAAAAGCAAUUUCUAGACAAACAAAAACAUCAACGUCUUGUUUUCUGAGAUGUGUCAAAAUGAAGAGAGUUUUUCUUUAAAACAAGCAAAAAACAGGAUUGUUUAUCUUGUUUUAAGGAAAAACACCUAAUUUUGACACAUUGGGCUCUAUUGUAACGCUCUACACCAGUGUUUCCCAACCCUGUUCCUGAAGUUAAUUAGUCAGGUAAGGGAGACAUCCAAAAUAUGUACUGUUGGUGUGCCUCCAGGAAAAUGGUUGAGAAACACUGCUCUACACUGUAAAACCCGAAAAGUUAAGGUUACUCAAACCACUUGAGGAAACCGAUUGCAACAAACCAUUUAAGUUCAAAGACUAAUCCUAAUGAGUACUGUGAACUUCCUCCACUUAAGUAAAUGAAGCAAUUUGAGUACAGUAAACCCAAUAAAUGAGGAGAACUCAAACCAACUGAGUACUGUAAAACUUAAUAAGUUAAGACAACCGAUUGCUACAAGCCAUUUGAGUUAAAAAAAUAAUCUAGAUGAGUACUGUGAACUUACUGCAUUUAAGUUGAAGUAAUGAGGUAUUUAAUUAACUCAUUACCUUCAACACUGAGUUCAAAACUCUUUUCAAAUGAGUAGAAUUAACUUUCAGUCAAUUUUGAGUUAACUGCACUCAUUUCAUUUGAUAAAGUUGACUCUUGGGUUUUACAGUGUAGGCGCAAAGUCUAAAGCUCAUGGCACAAAAGCAUUAAGGGCAUGUCUGAAUUCACUUUUGUUAAUUUAAGGACAGAUAAAUACGCUCUGUGCCCCGGUGAAUGGUCUAAAAGGGUUGUGCUUAUUCUCUUAAUGAGUUAUGGGUGUGUUUUGAGCAUAACAUUCAUUAAACCAAUCAGAAUCUCAUCUUA